UUAUUGAUAAUAUUUUUAUACAUAAUCAAAAUGGACAAGAAAACAGCGAAAGCUUUAGAGAAGCAAGCUGAAGAGGAGAAAGAGAAACAAUCUCCUCUUCCGAAUUUAAGUGAGAUUGCAAAAAAUAAUCCUGAUACCUCUCCUGCUGAAUGUAAAGAUGUAUUGCUAAUGAGAAUGGUCACUUGGCUGAGAGACUCUCAUGCUCUAUUCGACUAUGAAAGCCGGCAAAUUCAGAAGAAGAACAUAUAAAAGUUGACCACUCGUGUAAAAUCAUCAGACAGAAGGAUGAAGUGAACACUGUGGGAUCGACGUACAAGCCCGAAAGCGAUGACGAAGCAACCCAUUUAUUUUCAAUCAUCAAAGACGACAAAGGCGACUAUUUCAUCGACACAGAGAAAGUGCAUGCCACUGAAAAGCUCUGGCUUGUCGUCAGAGCCAUGAAAAAUGACUCGAAGAAGCUGAGCUACGAGCUUCGAAAAGGAGACAUCAUCAAACUAGGAAGAAUCCAGUUCAGAGUCAAAGAUCUCCAAACUCCGACGAUUCCUAAGAACGACCCCAAAGUAGUGGAGCCCAACGAAGACAUUGCGGAUGUCAGGGCGGCUCUUUAUGAGAACGAAGAUGCCAAUGAGGACGAUGAUAACUCUAGCGGCAUCCAGUGCAGGUUCUGAUGGGGUAGCUUGUGAACAGCUGAAAAUCCUUUGAUUAAUAUAUGAAAUUGAACCGGUACUGUCAGGUACAUCCAUCUUCAGUGUCUGAAAAGGUGGGUGAAGUCAAAAGUGAAGCCAAUUCAAAAUGAGAAAAUGAGAGAAUGAUUAGAGUCCUUCAUAUGGAAAACAUUCGAAUGAGAAGUCUGCAAAAUUAGAUAUUCUUCCACCCUCAGACAUAAUGACAAAUUCUUCAAUAUCUUCGAUCUCGAUGUGCCUGAUGGCUCUUUCUGCAUCCUCGAGAGUAUUUCGAUGCAGAAAUAAUUCUUCCAAGAUGAUAUACGUAAUGAAGCCAAAUGCACCAUCAAUGAACUUCAAUGUUGGAAGAGGAGGUGACUCUGAUAUAAGGAUAUCUGAUAUUUCUGUCUCUCGGCUUCAUGCAAAAAUCAAAUUUGAGGAUGGAAAAUUCAUGCUUGAAGAUAAUACAUCAAAGUUUGGAACCCUUGUUCAGAUCAAAGAUAAAAUUGCAAUUACUAAGAACCACACCAGUGCUGUCCAAUCGGGAAGAACUGUAGUUACUUACCAUCGUUGGGCUAAAGAUUUCCCUCCAAGGUUGCCAGAAAAAUAACCUAAAUAAUUGUAUGUUAUAAGAUUGCAAAAACUGCUUCUUUAUUUGC